UACACGGCGAACAAUCGAUGCUCGUCGCAACCUUUUCCCUUCCUUAUCCCGUUUAUAUACUACGGCGACUUCCGCCCUUGCCGUUAAAGCAGUGCGAUCAUGGCGGAGCGCGUUCAGCAGCCCCCAGCUAAACGGCUCUGCUGCCGACCCGGGUAUAGUACGACGUGUAGACAGGGGCAACGAUCCGGUGGAACAGUAUGCGGCGGUUCGGGUUCUGGUCAAGGGGGAUCCAGCAAAACCCAGAGCCCCGAAUCGCUCCUGGACAUUGCGGCGCGGAAAGUAGCGGAGAAGUGGCCGUUUCAACGGGUGGAGGAGCGUUUCGAGCGCAUCCCGGAGCCCGUUCAGCGGCGGAUCGUGUAUUGGUCUUUCCCGAGGAGCGAACGGGAGAUCUGCAUGUAUUCCUCGUUCAACACAGGCGGCGAGGAGAGCGCGUCUAGCGGGGAAAGCAGCGACGAGACGCGGUUACCUUUCCGACGGGGCAUCGCGUUGUUGGAGAGCGGCUGCGUGGACAACGUAUUACAAGUCGGUUUUCAUCUCAGCGGUACAGUAACAGAACCGGCCACGUCGUCGGAACCGGAGAUGGUGUGCAGCGUAGCCAUUAGCUUCGACCGCUGCAAGAUCACGUCCGUAACGUGCGGAUGUGGAAAUAAGGACAUCUUCUACUGCGCCCACGUGGUGGCGCUGUCGCUGUACCGCGUACGGAGACCCGAGCAGGUCAAACUUCACCUCCCCAUCUCAGAGACUCUUUUCCAAAUGAACAGGGACCAGUUGCAAAAGUUUGUGCAGUAUCUUAUCACCGUCCAUCACACAGAAGUCCUCCCCACGGCCCAGAAACUCGCAGAUGAGAUCCUGUCCCAAAACUCAGAGAUCAACCAAGUGCACGGGGCCCCGGACCCCACAGCAGGGGCCAGUGUGGACGAUGAGAACUGCUGGCAUCUGGAUGAAGAGCAGGUCCAGGAACAGGUCAAACUCUUCCUGUCUCAGGGGGGAUACCACGGCUCGGGCAAACAGCUCAAUCUUCUGUUCUCAAAGGUACGGGAGAUGCUAAAGAUGCGGGACUCUAAUGGUGCUCGCAUGUUAACGCUCAUCACAGAGCAAUUCAUGGCCGACCCGCGCCUGGCACUGUGGCGACAACAGGGAACCACAAUGACGGACAAAUACCGGCAGCUUUGGGAUGAGUUAGGUGCCUUGUGGAUGUGCAUCGUGCUAAACCCCCACUGUAAGCCCGAACAGAAGGCCGCUUGGCUCCGACAGCUGAAGAAGUGGAACAGUGUGGACGUGUGCCCCUUGGAGGAUGGUAACCACGGCAACGAGCUGCCCAAUUUAACCAAUGCCUUGCCUCAGGGUGCGCACGGGAACCAAGAUUCGGGCGCCAGGCCCCACCGGACGGUUUUCACGCGAGCCAUCGAGGCAUGCGAUCUCCACUGGCAAGACAGCCACUUGCAGCACAUUAUCAACGACGACCUCUACACCAACUACUGUUACCAUGACAACACUGAAAAUUCGCUCUUUGACUCUCGCGGCUGGCCCCUGUGGCACGAACACGUACCUACGGCCUGCGCCAGGGUGGAUGCACUGAGAUCUCACGGUUACCCGCGGGAGGCGCUGCGAUUGGCCAUCGCCAUCGUCAACACCCUUCGGAGGCAACAGCAGAAACAGCUGGAACUCUUUCGAAACCACAAGAAAGACCUGCUUCAUAAAGGUGUGACGUCCAUCACGAAUCUAGAAGGAUGGGUGGGUCACCCGCUGGAUCCCAUCGGGACUCUGUUCAGCACAUUGAUGGAAACCGGUCGUGGAGAUGAAGAUGCAUCACACGGAGGGUUCCUGGAUUUCUCAGCCGGUCCAAUGAGCUCCAGCAGACACAGCGAACUGCACUUGUUUCCGUCCACACGCCGAUUCCUGGAAGAGGGCGAGUCGUAUCUGGCCCUGGCGGUGGAGACGGCCCUGAUGGGUUUGGGUCAGCAGAGGAUCAUGCCCGACGGACUGUACGCCCAGGAGAAGGUGUGUCGCAACGAGGAGCACCUGAUCGCCAAGCUUCAGGAAGUGGACUUGGACGAUACCCUGGUCAAGAUCUUCCGUAAACAAGCCGUCUUCCUGUUAGAGGGUGGGCCGUACAGCGGUUUGGGGGAGCUCAUUUACCGAGAGAGCGUUCCCAUGCACACAUUCGCCAAGUAUCUCUUCACAUGCCUCCUACCUCACGAUGCCGAGCUGGCGUACAAAAUUGCACUGAGAGCAAUGCGGUUACCAGUGUUGGAAUCCACAGCUCCUUCUGGCGACAUGUCUCGCCCUCACCAUAUAGUGUCAGUCGUCCCCAAUCGCUACCCGCGCUGGUUCACCCUCAGCCACAUCGAGUCCCAGCAGUGCGAGCUGGCGUCGACCAUGCUCACUGCCGCCAAAGGUGAUGCACGAAGGUUAGAGACAGUAUUAGAGUCCAUCCAGAAGAACAUUCACUCCUCCUCUCAUAUCUUCAAAUUGGCGCAGGAUGCCUUUAAGAUAGCAACCCUCAUGGACAGCUUACCAGACAUCACACUGCUGAAGGUCUCUCUGGAGCUGGGUCUUCAGGUAAUGCGUAUGACGCUGUCGACGUUGAACUGGCGGAGACGAGAGAUGGUGCGAUGGUUGGUCACGUGUGCCACAGAAGUCGGGGUCUACGCCUUGGACAGCAUCAUGCAAAGCUGGUUCACGCUUUUCACGCCCACCGAGGCCACCAGCAUCGUGGCCACCACCGUCAUGUCCAACAGCACCAUCGUACGGCUUCACCUGGACUGCCAUCAGCAGGAGAACCUGGCCAGCAGCGCGCGGACGUUAGCCCUGCAGUGCGCCAUGAAGGACCCCCAGAACUGCGCCCUGUCGGCCCUGACGCUCUGCGAGAAGGACCACAUCGCCUUCGAGACGGCCUACCAAAUCGUGCUGGACGCGGCCACCACGGGCAUGAGCUACACGCAGCUCUUCACCAUCGCGCGUUACAUGGAGCACCGCGGCUACCCCAUGCGCGCUUACAAACUGGCGACUCUCGCCAUGGCCCACUUGAACCUGAGCUACAACCAGGACACGCACCCGGCCAUCAACGACGUGCUGUGGGCGUGCGCGCUCAGCCACUCGCUGGGUAAAACCGAGCUGGCGUCCAUCAUCCCCUUAGUCGUGAAAAGCGUCAAAUGCGCCACCGUGCUGUCGGACAUUUUGCGACGCUGCACGCUGACCACGCCCGGCAUGGUGGCGCUGCACAGCCGCAGGAAUUCUGGGAAACUGAUGUCAUUAGACAAGGCCCCGCUAAGACAGCUCUUGGACGCCACGAUCGGGGCCUACAUCAACACGACGCACUCGCGGCUAACGCACAUCAGUCCGCGGCACUACAGCGAGUUCAUCGAGUUCCUCAGCAAAGCCCGAGAGACUUUUCUCAUGGCGCACGACGGACACAUUCAGUUCACGCAGUUCAUAGACAACCUGAAACAGAUCUACAAAGGCAAAAAGAAACUCAUGAUGCUAGUCCGAGAGCGCUUCGGCUAGCGCUCUCGUCGGAAGAACGGCGACAUCAAAAACAAUACGAACCACACCGGUAUUAUGUGUAUAGACUUAUAAAAAAUGGAAAAAAAUGGAACGUUGUCAUGUUGUGGAAGUUUGUGUGUUUCCCUUUUAUUUGUAUGAAAGCGUGGGAACGUUAAGAGCGAAACGAACGUGUUUCGGUUUACACACUGAGUAUAUGUUGUCCAGUGGCGAAGGUCCACACAGCACUCCGAUUAUCUCUCUCUCUCUCUCUCUCUCUCUGUUUUAACAUUCACAGCCUCAAAGUGAAGAAAUAUGGCUUUAAACCAAACAACACCUCCAUCCUAAGUGACGAGUACCUCAUAUGGCUUCAGCUUUACUCCUCUCUGAACCAACAGUGUACUAAAAGAAGUGUUAGGAAGACGGCAAACCAUUCGGGACUUUUCUUCGUAUUUUUUCCGUUUAGCAGGCUAAUCGCGCAUCUUUGCAGUGCUGUUUCGUCCGAAAGCAUGUCACACGCUCACGCUUAUAAACCCAUUGUGCUUGCGCUUGUGGAAACUUGGCGACUGUCGACAUACAUUCUCAGGGAUUUCUAUUUGAAAACGAAACAAAAAAAAACUGAAAAAAAGAGAAAAUGAACGCAAAAGAAUGAGAGCAUUUUAUUGUACUGUAUAUAUGAUAGUAUAUGUCUGAAUAUUGAAAAAAUGUAUACGUUAACUAAUUUAUAAAGAAUAUUCUAUGUAAUGCAAAAUACUUGAAGCUGCAGUACCUUGGUUUAAAACAAAACAUAUCAGAGGGACUAAACGCGGGCCUCGGGCUCUGUUCCGAAUCGAGUACUCGUGUACUGCUUACUGCGCAGUAUAUACUGUAUACUACUUACUUACUUCAAUUACAAGUAGGCAUUAACCACGCUAAACAUUUCAGAAAUAAAGUAAACUUGCAUUAUUGGAUAUCUGCUUGCAUAUGUUAUUCUAUGCAUACAGAGAAUCGGUAUACGUAGUAUAUACUGCAGCAAUAGUAUGACUAGUACAGUAGUGUGCUAUUCUGAACAUAGCCAGCGCUGUCGGGGCUGGAAUCGGGCAGUGAAUCUGCGCGCUGGGCGUCUGCGCCGAACGAUCGGGUUCGGACGGACGCCCGGCCGAGCAGCAAGCCUUAGCAUUAAGAAUUGGGAAUGCAAGAAACGCAGGCCGACGUGCCUCGAAAAAUUUCGACUCAACAGUAUGGAUGUUAUGGCAGACAUGCGGAGUGAUUGGCCUGACGAUGCUCUUGUUUCUUUCCACAAUAAUCGAGUCACGACGACGCUUCAUUUUUAUGCACAAUAACAUGUACACGCCUAUCUGCUGACAUCUUAACUUUGUGCAGGACAGAAAGUUGCUGUGCAGGUCUGACUGUUGAAACGUUUUGUAAUCCCUUUUGUUUUGUUUUCUUCACGUUUUGUUGUUCCUGUAGGUUUUCUCAACGAAACGGCCUUCUUUCUUGCCUUGUCUUAACGCUUUAAAAUAACCAAACUGGAGUUCUAACUACCAAACUUGUUCAUUAAAAUGAAAGCCAACCGACUUUGGUUAUUACAACUUUGCUGUCUUUAAUUUUUAGCUGAACGCUUCUGUAUUCUGUGCUUUAAAAAGCAGUUUUUAUUUUCAUUUUUUAUUUUAUUUUUUGGUGCAAAAACGUUGUCGAGUGUCCCCUUCCUUCCUUCCUUCCAUAGAGGUAUGUCUGUAGCUCUUUUACUUUUCGUUUGUUUAGAAACUGAAUUAUAAUUUUUCUUCGUUUUAUUUAUUAUGAAAGGUAAACGAUUGUACUUCACCCGUGUCGACAUGCUCAUGAAGUUGAAUUUAAGAUUUGAUACACCGAUAUCAAUUUAUUUAUGUAACUAAAUCACUGUUUUAUAAACUUGUUAAUGAUUCAACAUUUUUGUUUUAAUUAAAAUUAGUUUUUUGAGAGGAAGAAA